AUGCAUUGUUGUCAAAUUUUCUAUACUUUUUUUUUUCUUUUUGUAUUUACCGAAAACAGAAUGUCGAGUAAGCAUAUGAUUAGUUUCGAAUUGUAGGGAUCUAGAAGUAUAUUUAAAAUAUUCUUAUUAAGAAUUAUACACUUUCUUGAAACCUGCAAUCUACGAAUAUGUUCAUAGCUUUUGGUCUUUAUUUACGGGACAUUACAUAUAUAACUCGUGUUUUUCUUUGUCGUGUUUUGAAGAUAAAUAAGAUAAUGUAACUUAUUAUCUUAUAAUGCAAGUAAAAUAUGCGGUCGGAACUUAAACAUUUGAAAUUCAAAAUGUAUAUUAGGUUUUUAAAAUAACAAUAUGAGGACUUAUAGUAAUAUAUUAAAUGAUGACGUUGAAAAAGGGUGUUUAAUAAAUGAUGGCAAAACUAUUAGCAAUUUUGAACGGUUAAAUAAUUUCAGAAGUUAUCCCUUACCAUCUCGUAGUGUUCGAAGGCUCUGGAAUCAGCUAUCAAAGUUGCAACGUUUUAUCAUUGGCAUGUUAUUUGCUUUUGUGAUAUUAUGUGUUAUUGUCAUUUUACCCUGGACAGAUACUUCCUUUUUGUUUGAAACUUCCUAUAAUAAAAAAGUUCAGUAUUCAAAUAGAAAUAAUUUAUUGGAUGAUUUUGAAUUAAAUGAUAAUGCCAAACAAAGUCAAAUUAGCACUACAGCAAUCAAGAUAUUUCAACAUGAUAACAUUCCACGUUUAAAGAUGGAAAAAGUUGGAUUUGAUGGUGGUAAUUUCUUGGACAAAAUUGUUGGAGCAGCAGUGGAACAAAAAAGUAUUUUGACUUCAGCCCAAGAUAAACAAAAGUCUAUUGUAGAUGCAUUUCUGCAUGCUUGGAAGGGCUAUAAAAGUCAUGCUUGGGGACAUGAUCAUUUGAAACCUAUAACCAAAACUUUUCAAAACUGGUUUGGCCUUGGAUUAACCAUAGUGGAUUCUUUAGACACAUUGUAUAUGAUGGGAUUAUAUGAGGAAUUCAAUGAAGCCAAAGAAUGGGUGAUAGAAAAAUUAAACCUUAACCUGAACAAGGAUGUAAAUUUUUUUGAAACUACUAUUAGAGUGAUGGGUGGUCUUCUUAGUGCCUUUCAUCUUUCCGAAGAAUCCAUUUUCUUAGAGAAAGCUGUUGAUAUUGCAGACCGACUAAUGCCUGCAUUUAAAAGCUCAUCUGGAGUGCCAUAUUCAGAUGUUAAUUUAAAAACUGGACAUUCCCAUCCUCCAGUAUGGGGCCAAGAUAGUACAGUGUCUGAAAUAUCCACUAUACAGCUGGAAUUUAGAGAUAUAAGUCAUUUGACUGGUGAUCCAAAAUAUGAAACUGCUGCCUUCAAAGUAUCGGAACAUCUACAUAAACUACCUAAGAAAGAUGGUCUUGUUCCAAUGUUUAUAAAUGCUGAAAGUGGUCAUUUUCGUACUACCUCUACUAUAACUGUAGGUGCAAGAGCUGAUAGUUAUUAUGAAUAUUUAUUAAAACAAUGGAUUCAAACAGGUCAAAAAAUUAGUUGGUUAAAAGAAGAUUAUAUCGAAGCUAUAGAUGGAAUUGCAAAACAUCUUGUUAAACAAUCAUAUCCAAGCAAGCUUACUUUUGUUGGUGAAUUGCUGAGUGGCCGUAGUUAUAGUCCAAAAAUGGAUCAUCUAGUCUGCUAUUUACCUGGUACAUUAGCCCUUGGGUAUCAUUAUGGAAUGCCUUCUUCCCAUCUUCGUUUAGCUUUUGAACUGAUGGAUACUUGUUAUAACAUGUAUGCUCAAACUGCAACACAGCUUAGCCCAGAAAUUGCAUAUUUUAAUUUACAACCACAUGGUACAAGUGACAUUAUCAUCAAAAGUAAUGAUGCUCAUAAUCUUCUACGUCCUGAGACAGUUGAAAGCCUCUGGUAUUUAUACUACAUGACUCAUAAUGAAACAUAUCGUGAUUGGGGUUGGCAAAUCUUCCAAGCAUUUGAAAAGUAUGCUAAAGUUGAAGGAGGAGGAUAUACUUCCUUGGGUGAUGUUCGUAAUCCUUUGUUAACUAAACCAAUGGAUCUAAUGGAGAGCUUCUUUUUAGCUGAAACUUUAAAGUACUUAUUUUUAUUAUUCAAUGACAAUCAAGAUUUGUACUCGUUAGAUCGUUUCAUAUUUAAUUCUGAAGCUCAUUUGUUGCCGAUUUUAAAUUCCUAAUAAUAGUUUUUAUUAUGUUUUUGUGUAUAGUAUAGGGGGAAAUAUUUAACUUCAAUUGUUAACAAAUAAAAUGAUUUAUGUUCUUGA